AUGCCAUACGCAAUUCUUUAUUUAUUAACGUGUAAUUUGUGCGCAUGCUUUCUAAACAAUACAUUUUUGUUUUGCCAACUACUUCCGGAAUAUAGAGUCGUCCAUUUUUUUGUACACGCGCAAUGGAUAAAGAGCCAUUUUGUUCGGAACAGCAACGUGGCAGCCGGUGUUCCCGGUGUUCUUAUUACAAUGAAUAUUUUUUUCCCAUUGUUAAUUACGACUAUCAGUAUAACAACUUGCUUCUCGGCCACCGAGAUUUUACAGUCGACAAAUUCUUAUUUAACAACGGCUGAUAGAAUUCAUUUAAAGAAGAUACUUGAACCUGGUUUAACAUCAAACGAUGUUACAUUUUUAUAUUAUGCGGUUCGUGGCUAUACAUUUCUCGGAGAGGUUGUGCCAAAUAAACAAGACAUUUGUAAUUUUUUGAUAAAGUCUAUGAAAGAUGGUAACAAUAUCACAACAGAAAAAGCUUUUUAUGUUGCAUCUAUAUGGCAAACUGUGGGAAAUUGUCAAGGUCAUUCUACGCUGAAUAUUGUUAAGGUGCUCUUAAAUGCAGUAGAGAAAGAGACUUCAAGUAUAAUGGAUUUGUAUUAUGGAGUCAGCGGUCUGGUUGCUUUAUCAAAAAAAAUUUCAGCUGAAACAGUUGCUAAUGUAGUAAAGGCAUUACAAAAUAUGCUACAAAAGGACGACGAUUUAUGGAACUUGGGUUAUGCUUUUCACAUCGCUUCAGAGUUUGGAGCAUCUGGUGCCUUUGCUUUUAGUCAUAUCGAAUAUGCCAUUAUUCAGGCUGAUGAAGUAGAUGGUCAGUAUUUACAAUUUGAAGGUGGCCUCUCUGUAACUAGUUUUCUGGUGAAUGGUAUUUUUAAACUUUCCAACACGCUGAAAACGAAACCGCCGUUAGUUCCUCAGCAAAUAGUAAAAAUAGCCAAUUACCUUUUAUCUCGUCGUUCUGUGCAAACACCAAGGGGAGUUACGAGUUUACUUUCAGCGUUAACGGCAUUAGCAAAUAACGAUUUUGAAAAACCGGUAUGCAUAACAUUAGCCAACGAAGAAAUCAGUAUUUCUACCCGUCAACCUUUGGUUACGGUAAGAGUUUGCGAUAUAUUGGGCAAUCCCUUAACUAGCACAUUUAAAGUAAUCGCAAAUUCUGCAACAAGAGUCGGAGACGAUGUCAUUCUCUUCAGUAAACAAAGCUUGCAGCCUUCAUCAACCGACAAAACUUUAUUUACUAUGAAUUUCAUGGAAAUGAAGCCGGAGCGUGGUUUUUAUAAGAUAUCAAUCACAGCUGGAUCGGUAACGAAUACCGUUACCGUGAAAGUUCUUUGCGAAGUAGUAGUUGAUCAUAUGGAGAUAGGUACCGCUGAUGCCGAUCAAACUACUCAGCCAAAACUUACACGAGUACUCUUUCCCGAGAAGUUCUCACAGAAGAUCGAGGCCGACUCUCAACAAAAAUUAGUUAUGCGAUUUUUAUUGAAGGAUAAUGCUACCAAAAAAGCUAUGCGCACACAUCAAGCAUUUGUACGUCUUUCUUCCGCGUCCAUAACAAAUGAUGGUAAAAGAGGACACGAAAUUCUUUUUGUCGCCGAAGCAGAUACAUCGUAUCUUUACAAGUUCGAUAUGCCAGUAGGAACUGCAGCAGCGAAUUUCGAUUAUCAGAGCGGAGACUAUAAUGUGGAAAUGAUUAUCGGUGAUGCAGUACUGAGUAAUCCAUUCCAGUGGGCAGUAGCAACAGUCAAUUUAAAGUUUCCCGAAGCAUCUUCGACUGAACGGGCAGAUAAAAGUGUUUCUUACAAAUAUAAAUCCAACGUUUACACGACUAAGGCCGAAAUCAAGCACAUGUUUCGCGAACCCGAAAAGAGACCUCCUGCAUUUGUUUCAAACUUAUUCACCGGUUUGUGCUUAGCACCAAUUCUCUUAUUGCUUAUUUUGUGGGCUAAACUUGGAGUGAACAUAUCAAACUUUCCAUUUUCGAUCAGUGCUGUUACGUUUCAUCUUGGACUGGGAAGUAUCUUCAUACUUUUCGGAAUAUUUUGGUUAAAAUUAAACAUGUUUGUUACUCUUCGAUAUCUUCUUGGACUUGGUAUUAUUACAUUCCUUGCAGGCAAUAAAAUGUUGUCACAUAUAGCACAUAAACAUAAAUUACGUUAAUCGAUUAGAGGAGAAUGUUACCGUUAGAACUUUGGCAGGCAGCAUUGAAAAGGAUAUAUCGGCGAAAUUGGUAAACGAACCUGUUAUCAUCGGUGUUGUAGAAUAAAUGAGGUUUAUCGCGUCGAUAGUAGCGUAUAACAUUCAGUUGAUAGAAACGAUAGUAAUCCUAUCUACCAUUGUAAUCACAUGCGAACAAAUUGAAUUUGCGAUUGUAACGAAUUACUGCAAUUGUUAUAAAUUUUAUUUGUUAGAAACGAAGUAUUUUUUGAUACACUUGUAAGUACGACUAUUAUUACUAUACGCGUGUUGGGUGAAUGCAUAGAAUCUUAUGCAAACUAGGAUACAAUUGCUGAAAAUACUGUAUUUCUAAUAUUCGAUCGAUCGUGUUACACAUUAUUCUAUAAUAUAAGGUAUACUCUAUAUAACAAUAGGUAAUAUUCUAUUAGGUCGGUUGGCAUUCUUUAUUUAGCAUUCUUAUCGAAUCAUCGGGUUGCUGUGUGUAUUGGAUUAUAAUCGUUGGACUUUGAGAAUACAGUGUUUUGUGAUUGUAUGGUAAUAUGUAGAGAUAUUAAGCAAUUUGGUAGUACGUAAGUUAACUGUUAACUACUAGUUAACAUAAUCACAUUUUUGAUCCUUUAUUUGAAUUUAACGUUUGAUCUCGUAUACGUGAUAUAUGAUUAAAAACAGAUAGGCGUGAGAACGUGAUUUUCGAUGGUAUCCACCAUACAUGUACU